GAUUCAAUGGAUACGCAGAGUUUACCUUAGCCAAUUACAGUAUGUAUGUAAACAUGUUUAUAAAGUAAAAUAAUAUUUGGUGUGGCUUGUUGCCUCCAUUACCUCAGGCCUCUCAACAAUCUAAUAUAAAAUUAUAUAUUCUGUACUAAAGUAAAAAAAACAAAACUUAGUGCUGUCCCUCGUUUCUCUUGGUUGAUAUUUUGAGAAAAUCUAUUAUUUGUUUGUUUCAAUAAAGUUUAUACUAGUCUCUUCUCUUCAAGCAAGAAAUGGAGCUUUCUCUGAUAGGACUUCAAGAUGCAGGAAAGACAUCAAUUGUAAAUGUUCUUGCCACUGGUGGAUACAGUGAAGACAUGAUUCCUACCGUCGGGUUUAACAUGAGGAAACUGACAAAAGAAAAUGUUACAAUCAGACUAUGGGAUCUUGGUGGUCAACCAAGAUUCCGCAGCAUGUGGGAACGUUACUGCCGCCAUGUUUCUGCGAUUGCGUACGUAGUUGAUGCUGCAGAUCUUGACAACCUAAGUGUCUCGAAAAGUGAACUCCAUGAUUUGUUGAGCAAAGCUUCGCUUAGCGGUAUCCCUCUUCUGGUUAUUGGGAACAAGAUUGACAAACCUGGAGCUCUGUCCAAAGAAGCCUUAACAAAAGAAAUGGGGCUUAGUGCGCUUACAGAUAGAGAAAUCUGCUGUUUCAUGAUAUCCUGCAAGAACCCUACCACCAUUGAUCAGAUCACUGAUUGGGUUGUAAAUCACUCAAUAUCAAAGAACUUAACUUCACCAACAACAGAUGUCGUCUCUUCUUGAUCUUCUUAGUCUUUAUGUUGAUGAUUGUUGAAGACAAUUUUAUUCGUGUGUAACAAGAGUUUGUCUUUAUUUGUCUUCUGUCUCACCUGUUGGUCUGGUCUGGUUUGGUCCAGUCUUUGUCUUUGUAUAACAGAUGUGAAUUGUUUUCUAUUCUUAAGGCUUUAAAAUUUCAGAAACACUAAAACACAAGUGCCUUUUGAAAACU